AUGGAUAACGCUUCCUACCACUCAAGACGCGUGGAGUGUGUCCCCACGAAAUCUUCAACCAAGAGUGUCAUCCAAGAAUGGCUAAGCUCAAAGGGAAUUGACUGGGACAAAGACAUGCUCAAGGUGGAACUAAUUUCUUUAGUCUCCCAAGUGCGACACAAGUUCCUCAGCUACCGAGUGGACACACGUGCUGAAACUGUUGGGUGCACGGUUCUUAGGCUGCCCCCUUAUCAUUGUGAGCUGAAUCCCAUUGAGCUUAUCUGGGGGCAAGUGAAGAAUGAGGUUGCACGAAGCAACUCGUCUUUCAAACUAAAAGAUGUGAAGGUGCUUCUAGAGCAGGCAAUCAAGAAUGUAACGAAAGACAACUGGACCGCUGCUAUACAGCAUGUUAAGAAGAUGGAAAAGCAGUUCUGGGAGAAUGACAGCCUGUCGGACAGAGAGGUUGCACCAAUCAUCAUCGAAAUCAAUGCCGGAGAUGUCAGCGACGACUCCUAUGAAGAUGAAAGCUGCGAUGAAGUUGUCUCUGGAUCAGGCCAGCCACACAUUCCAGAAACCUCCAACGUAGCCAACACAGAGGAAAGUCCGUCUACUAGUUGCUGGAAACUUCUCCUUGACCGCCUUUUCCUACCCGAUCUGGUGACGAUUAUGAUGUGUUGGGCUAUCACGGGUUUCAGCGAAACAACCUUGGAGCCCAGUCUUCGAACGUUUGGGUUGAGCCGUACUGAAAUUGGAAAGCUGUACGCGGUGCAAUAUGCGUCUUCUAUGAUUAGAAGCGUCGUGGCUGGAAUCUCUUGCUAUUUUAAGGUGGAGACAUUUUUUUGUUUCGUCGGACAAAUUUUUGCAGCGCUUGCGUACCUUUUGGUGGGGCCUGCGCCAUUCAUCCCCUAUGAACGGGCACUUUGGAUGGUCUACCUGGCACAAGCCUUCAUUGGACUGGCGAUGUCACUGAUAAUGACUUGCGCGUAUUGCCACACACGCAAAGUAGUCACGUUGCGAGGCUGCCCGGAUACCAUUCAAACCAAGGGAUUUGUGAGCAGCAGCCUCAUGGUAGCCAUGAUGAUAGGCGGCUUGGUUUUGCCACCUCUUGCCGGUUACAUCGUCGAGCAAGUGGGGUACAGAACCGGAACAAUGGCCCUUUUCGGUCUUUUUGUCGGCUGGAUACCUGUGACCUUUGCACUGUGGGCGCAUUCUUUGUAUUGGCCAGGCAAGCAUAAAGCGUCCUCUAUCAACUCGCAUUCCAGAGUUCCUGCCGAAGCCGAUGCCUAA